ACAUGCAUUUCCUAUUCAUUGGAUUAGAAAUUUUCCUUCACUAUUUUUUACACCCCUUGUUUUUUCUUUGAUAUAUCUAACUAGCAUUUUCCUUUAUCCAAUAACACAUAAUACACAUUUAUAAAAAGAGCAAAUGAAAUCAAUAGCAAAACUUCUCUUGGGGUUGAAUUUUUGCAUGUAUGUCAUUGUUUUAGGCAUUGGUGCAUGGGCAAUGAAUAGAGCAAUAGAUCAUGGUUUUAUUAUAGGUCCGGAAUUACAACUUCCAGCUCAUUUUUCACCCAUUUUCUUCCCAAUGGGAAAUGCUUCAACUGGAUUCUUUGUAACAAUUUCUUUGUUGGCUGGAGUGGUUGGUGUUGCAUCAGCAAUUUCAGGAAUCAAUCAUAUCUGGUCAUGGACUGCUGAGAGUUUGCCAUCGGCUGCUUCCAUUGCCACCUUGGCUUGGACUCUUACACUCCUUGCCAUGGGCUUUGCCUGGAAAGAGAUUGAGCUUCAAAUUAGAAAUGCUCGCCUGAAAACCAUGGAGGCUUUCCUAAUCAUCCUUUCAGUUACACAGCUUCUCUACAUAGUUGCUAUUCAUGGUGCUGCUGCAUAUAAUAUAUAUACUUGAAAGUUGAGAGGGUUCUUUUCUUCUGUUUAUAUUUUGGUUGAUCAUGAUUCAUGAAGGACUACAUGUAUUUUGUUUUUUUUUUUAUUUCACCUUUUCUUUUACUUUAUCUAUUUUUCUUCAAUGUGAUUUGAAUGAUUGGAUAUGUAUAACUCGAGAUUAAGUCAUUUCCAAAAGCAAUAAAGAACAUUAUAUACACA